AUGGGCUCGCGCGCGCUCGCCGUGCUCUGCCUCGUGGCCGUGUCCGCCUCCGUGCUGGUCGCGCCCGCGCUCGCCGUGCCUGGAGACGGCGACGACGGCUGCGAGGCCGAGUCGGCGGGGCGCGACAAGGCGCAGGCGCUGCGGCUCAAGAUCAUCGCCAUCUUCUGCAUCCUCGCGGGGAGCGCGAUCGGGGCGGGCCUGCCGUCCCUGGGGCGCCGGUUCCCGGCGCUCCGGUCGGAGACGGACCUCUUCCUCGCCGUCAAGGCCUUCGCGGGCGGCGUCAUCCUCGCCACGGGGAUGGUGCACAUCCUGCCCGCGGCCUUCGAGGCGCUGCGGUCCCCGUGCCUCGUGGGUGGGCCGUGGAGGCGCUUCCCGUUCGCCGGGCUGGUCGCCAUGCUCGCCGCGGUCGCCACGCUCAUCGUGGACACCGUCGCCACGGGGUACUUCCACCGGACGAACGCCAAGCGGGCCGCCGCCGUCACCGACGAGCCGGCUCAUGACGACCCGGAAUCCGCCCCCGACGGGCACCACGGGCACGCGCACGGCAUGUCGGUGCUCGCCGCCCCGGCCGACGGCGACGAGCUCGUGCGCCACCGCGUCAUCUCUCAGGUGCUGGAGCUGGGUGUGGUGGUCCACUCGCUCAUCAUCGGGAUGUCGCUGGGCGCCUCCGACUUCCCGAGCACGGUGCGGCCGCUGGUGCCGGCGUUGACGUUCCACCAGCUCUUCGAGGGCAUCGGCCUCGGAGGCUGCAUCGUUCAGGCCAAGUUCCGGCUCAAGUCCGUGGUGGCGAUGGGGCUGCUCUUCUCGCUGACGACGCCGGCGGGGAUCGGCGUCGGCAUCGCGAUAUCCUCGGUGUACGACGAGAGCAGCCCGACGGCGCUGGUGGUGCAGGGGCUGCUGGAGGCGGCCGCGGCGGGGAUCCUGGUGUACAUGGCGCUGGUGGACAUCCUGGCCGAGGACUUCAGCAAGCCCAGGGUGCAGAGCAGGGCGCGGCUGCAGCUGGCGCUCAACGUCUCGCUGCUGCUCGGGGCCGGCCUCAUGUCCCUGCUCGCAGUCUGGGCCUGA